AAGGAGAGCCUCCACUGGCUCCGAGAUGACAUCCCGACAACCAAGGACGAGCCUCAAGAGUGCCUACUCAUCUGCCAAGACUCUGCUGCCUAAGGCGGAGGAGCUGGAGGCCGAGGACUACUGCACGCCCGGAGCCUUCGAGCUGGAGCGCCUCUUCUGGAAGGGCAGCCCCCAGUACACCCACGUCAACGAGGUCUGGCCCAAGCUCUACAUCGGGGAUGAGGCCACGGCGCUGGACCGCUAUAGGCUGCAAAAGGCGGGCUUCACGCACGUGCUGAACGCUGCCCACGGCCGCCGGAACGUGGACACGGGGCCCGACUACUACCGCGGCAUGGACAUUGAGUACCACGGAGUCGAGGCCGACGACGUGCCCACCUUCGACCUCAGCGUCUUCUUCUACUCGGCGGCCGCCUUCAUUGACGGGGCGCUCCACUCUGAUCACAAUAAGAUCCUGGUUCACUGCGUCAUGGGCCGCAGCCGCUCGGCGACCCUGGUCCUGGCCUACCUGAUGAUCCACAGGAACAUGACCCUGGUGGACGCCAUUCAACAAGUGGCCAAGAACCGCUGUGUCCUCCCCAACUGGGGCUUUCUGAAGCAGCUCCGGGAACUGGACAAGGAGCUAGUGCAGCAGAGGCAACAGGCCCCACACAGCGACGACGGCGGCGAGAAGGCCAGUGAGAAGGAGCUGUAGGGCGCCCCUUGGGAAGGGAGAGAGAAGGCUGAUCGGGCUCUGGUCCGUGACUCCGUUUGUUCUGGAGAAGGGACCGUGCAACCGAAGCUUGACUUCUUCCAAGUCAUCUGAACCUUCCCGGGUGCAUGCGAUGAACAGGGAGGAUGCAGGGCUGCCUCCCGGACUCCAGUAUUUGGCUUCGCAGCGGAACUGGGCCGACAGGCCUCCCAGCAGAAUUGGUUACAGAUGGACACACCGUUCUACAUAAAGGCGCCUAUAUUUUUUAUUUAUUUUUUGUAAGAUGGGAGAAGAAAAGGAUUUAAAAAUGUGUAGGCAUUGUGCUGUGAUUAAAUGUUUGGCUUGGUCUGAAAGUCACAUUCUUAAAAAAUAAUUUUAAAAUAGAAAUAUAUUUUCUAACCACAGAACGUGCCCGGGAGUGAGUCCCCUUCUGAGGUGUAUUUCCUUACUGCCUCCCGCAUCCUCUUCUCCACGGGAUCCCUAGACUCAGGUCCCCUAGAGAUGCUGCCGCUCACUUGGUGGGGGUUGGGGGGGGGGAUCCUGAGCCCCUGUACAGAGGCCCUGCUUUGGGCUCCCCCACCUUCCUCAGGGAGCCAGGGCUCUUCAAAUGUUUAGCCAGAGCUGCCACUACCCAGA